AUGCCCGUGAGACAUGACAGGGAGCAUGUCAGUUGGAGGUUAAUGGCAAUAGCUUGGAGUGAGCCAGCCACGCACCCAGCAUCCAACAAGAUCCAGUCUUGGUGCAGGCGGCCACGAGUCCAGACAAGAUCUGGUUCUGGAGAUGAGCCGGGGAGGGGACUGGCAGAGGCUAAUCAAUUGGAUCCCAGAACCCGCCCUGGUCCAAGGCUUUGUCUAAGAGGAUGGCGGAGUCCUGAGUUAGCAGUUUGGGCUGGUAAACUGCCUUGUUUAGGACCAAGGAGAAACAUCCUGGCCCCCCCAUCCUUUCAUUCUGCACAAUGUGACAGUAGCCCUUGGCAUCACUUUAGGGAACUGAGCCCGCUCCUGUUCAUGGGGCUUGCUAGACUUCCAGGAUGGCACUUUUGAGAGGCUGGGGAGACUUGCCAGGGUUGGGAGUGAGGAAUCAAGUGUGUGGAGAGGCUGCGGAAAGGGACCGGCCGGCUCAGGGGCACUCUGAGCUCUGAGCGGCCCUCUCAGGGACAGGGUGUUCUUGCCUGCUGAGGAAGUCCCAGAGCGCUGGCUGUGACGCGUAUUAGGAGCACAAGAAGUGUGACGGGGUCACCGGAGCCAGCACCGACACCCUGAGGGGGUGAGUUGGGUUGCAACUAUUUGCUACCAAACACCCUGUUUUUAUUAACGGGACGUCCCAGCCAACUGGGCAUAAGCCGAGGAAAAGGCCCGGAACAGCAGGGAAAGGGGGCUCCGACUGCCAGAAAAGCUAAUUCCUCCAGUUCGAGGAUGCGAAGUGCCCCAGAGAGCCAAGGAGCCUCCAGCCAGCCCCACCCUGCUCUCCAUUGGAGACAGAUGGAGUGUGAGGAAGAGCUGGUUCCAGCGGAAAGUUGGAGCUGCGGCAGACGGAGGAGCCGGACCCUUCCUACGUGGCAUGGCCCCGGAUAUGCAGCUCCGCAGCUGGCUCUGGGCAGUCCUGUGCCUCCAGCUCCCUGUGGGGGCUGCGUCCCGAUGGCAUCCAGGAGGGCCUAUGGACAGUGCUGAUGUGGGCGGUGUUCCCCUGGAGCCCGAGCAGCCGGACCUGAUGUUUGAGUUCCUGUGGUCAGGUUUGGAGCUGGACGCCCUGGGACAGCUCCACCUCCAGGACGAGGAGCUGGCAUCGACGCGCCCCGGCCGCCGGCUCGGCCUCUCCCUCCAGCAUUGGGUCCCCAGCACCCUGGCGGGCACCGAGCAGCAGCUGAGGCACUGGCGCCGGGCCGCUCCCCUGAGCCCCGCAGACUUCCAGCGGCUGCUGCUCGCCGGCGUGUCCUGUGUCUAUCGCCUCCAGGCCGCUGGCGAGGGUGAAGAGAGGGCUCACUGGGCCCAGCUCUUCUCUCUUGUGGCCCAGGAAGUGCUCCAGGACCUGUGCAAGGACCACUGCCCCCGGGGCCAGACCCCCUUGCUGAGUCCUUGGGCCUUCCCCGGUGACCCACCCCAACAUCGCUCCAGCCCCUGAGCCCUGGCGUGGGACACUGAGCAUCCCCUGCUUCUUUCCAGCUCACUCCCCCAGCUCCACCUGCGGGGGCUCAGCUUCUUCCUGUGCUCUUGCCCCUUUCUCAGACCCGUAGUCCUGGGGAGCACAGAGGGAGUCACUGGGCCACUCGGGGCCUCGGCCUCCUCACCUGUAAAGUGAGAAUUCUAAUGUGCCUUUCAACUCUAAAUCCUGCUGUGUGUGUAAAUAUGGAUCCAUAUAGACAUAUACGUGUGUGUAUAUAUAAAAUCACAUAAUCAUGUCCAUAUCGUAUGCAUGUAUAGGUCCG